AUGAACAUCAUGAAAAAGAAGGCCACUCCUGCGACUACCGCCAUCACCGAGUACCUCGCCGACAAGACUGGGUCGCAUUACCCUAAUGUCUUCAUCGACGUCCCCGAAGCUGCUGAAGUUCGAGUUGGCACCAGUUACGCAAACCCUGCAAGCGCACAUCUAGCCGUCUCUCUCGCCAUUCAACUCUACCGGGACGGGAAGAUCCUCAAUGCAAAGGACGCUGACGCCCUCCAAAGAGGCGACGACGAGAUCAACGUCAGGCGAGGCACUGUCCUCAUUGUCACACCCUAUCACGCUCAGAUAAGUGACAUUAGUUUCUUACUCUCGCAGGUUAGUGUAGCUGAGCUUCCUCCCGGAUUUGUCGAGGCGCGAACUGUCAAUAGUUCGCUCUCGCAUUCGGCUUCUGUCGUGAUCGCGGACAUUGUUCGAACGUGCCGUCGUGGGUUUACUGAUGACCCGGAUUGUGUCGCUGUGAUGUUCAGCCGCGCUGAACUCGCAACAAUCACGAUUGGCCGCGCGAGGGAUAUCCCGAAAGAAUCUCGCUUGGGAAGUUACGUUGAAUUUCUGAAUGACCGUAAUGCCAUAUACUCACUUACAACGAGCAAGUUUCGUCCCCAAUGGACCGAGUGGUGUACCAGGUGCCUUAAACCUGGACAUCUCGCACAUGCGUGCAAGGAGGCACCUCACUGCACCACGUGCGAUGCUCCCCACGCAACUCGCUACUGUCCUCGGGUCGAAGAGAACGCCAUCUCGAACUUUGCGAAAGACCCCGUCACUGCCAACGACGGCAUCUCACGGGAUGUGUUCAUGGGACGCAGAGAAAAACGUGAGGGAAACCGGGUCGCGUUCCGAUCGGAGAACCGUGCAUCACGAAAGCCGCCGGCCAACAAACGUUCGCAGGCGAAGGCCGGAUUCAAACAGGCGCAGAACGGUGUACAGUUACCUGAGUAA